AUGGCCGUGUUUCUGGAGGCUUCCUGCGACGCGUGGAGGCAGAGGGAGAGGAGGGGGGACGAACGGAGAAGCAGCAGCAGCCGCGCCAUCCGCUUGCUUGCUUCCUUCCCCUUCUCUCCCUCCUCCCCCACCGCCGGCGUCGGCUCUUCCGUUGCGCGCCCCGCGUCGCACCCGUGGGUACCUAUCAACCUUCGUGCUGCCGGGGGAGCUACACGUCUCCUCUCGCCUCGCGGCAUGGACGCCGGGGGAGACAAGUGUGGCGACGCGGCGGCGGCGGAGGGCGGUGAGGGCGGCGGCGACCUCUACGCCGUACUUGGGCUCAAGAAGGAGUGCUCCGACGCCGACCUCAAGGUCGCUUACCGGAAGCUCGCCAAGAAGUGGCACCCGGACAAAUGCUCCUCCUCCAGCAGCGUGAAGCACAUGGAGGAAGCCAAGGAGAAGUUCCAAGAGAUCCAGGGCGCCUAUUCUGUACUCUCCGACGCCAAUAAACGGCUCCUCUACGAUGUGGGAGUAUAUGACGAUGAGGAUGACGAGGAUAGCAUACAGGGGAUGGGGGACUUCAUUGGUGAGAUGGCCCAGAUGAUGAGCCAGGUGGGGCCGACGAGGCAGGAAAGCUUUGAGGAGCUGCAGCAGCUUUUUGUGGACAUGUUCCAGUCUGAUAUUGAUUCAGGAUUCUGCAAUGGGACUGCUAAGGGCCAUCAAGUUCAGGGGCAAGCCAAAAGUAGAACAUGCUCGACCUCACCUUCAUCAUCACCGUCCCCUCCUCCUCCUACUAUAGUAAAGGAGGCAGAGGUGCCAUCAUGUAAUGGCUUCAAUAAGCGGGGUUCAUCCGCAAUGGACUCAGGGAAGCCUCCAAGGCCUGUUGAAGGUGGUGCAGGUCACAGCCAGGCUGGAUUUUGUUUUGGGUCAAACCUUAAUAGUUCAGCAUCAAAUCUUCCAGACUCAGCUGGAAGGCCAUUUACAGCAUCCUUUUCGGGUCAAUCUGGAUCAAUUCCAGGUUUCCAUCAUUCUGGCUUGCAUAACACUCAUGGAAGUUACAACCUUCCAAGUAUGCCUGGAUCACUUGCACAAAGGAAUGCUGCCAUGAGUGGCCUUCCGUCCUCUGGGGUUCAACAACCUGGAGGUAGCAUUCCUGGGAGAUUCCCUUCAAACAACCUUCCGGUUGCCAUGUCUCAGAUUCCUCAUGCACAUUCAGGUGUCAGUGGUAGAGGGAUGAAUUUUGGCGGAGGUCCGGCAUUUAGUAGCAGCAUGAAUAUUGGUGGAAACUUGGGUCCACGGAUCACAAGUUCUGUAGGAAAUAUUGUAAGUGGAAGCAAUAUUGGAAGAAAUAUAAGCACUGGUGGUUUGUCCAUCCCAAGUAUUGCAUCACGGAUGAAUCUGAGUGGCAAUGCUGGGAGUGGUAGUCUGAAUGUGCAAGGAUCUAGUCGAAUGAUGAAUGGCUUGCUUCAUCAACAAGCAUCUCCUCAGUUGAUAAAUAUGCUUGGAAGUUCAUAUCCAACAUCUGGAGGUUCAUUAUCGCAGAACCAAAUUCAAGCAGGAAAUAAUUCUCUUAGUUCUAUGGGGAUGUUGCAUGAUGCCAGUGACACUGCUCCAUUUGACAUAAAUGAUUUUCCCCAAUUGUCUGGCCGGCCUAGUUCUGCUGGUGGUUCGCAAGGACAAUAUGGGUCACUGCACAAGCAAGGAGUUGGUGUUAACACCAUUGUGCAACAAAACCAGGAAUUCAGCAUUCAAAAUGAAGACUUCCCGGCUUUGCCUGGAUAUAAAGGUAACCCUUCGGAUUAUAAUGCUAUGGAGUUGCAUCAUAAGGAACAACUCCACGAGAAUGUACCUGUAAUGCAAUCGCAGCAGUAUCCUAUGGCAAGGUCAGGCUUUAACUUAGGAAGUAGCUACCUACCUAAUCGUCAACAACACCAGCAAGGUGCUAAUUCAGUCCAGAAUGCCGGAUCCCACAAUAUUUUACUGAGGCCACCCAGUCAAACUUCUGGUUUGGGAUCAUAUGAUCAAUUUCUGCCGCAAUACCAGCAACCGCAGCCUCAAAAUCAUUUCAGAUUUCAGCAGAUGUCUUCAGCUGUACAUUCAUAUCGGGAUCAGAUUCAAAAGAUUCAGGCGGGACCAACACCACCUGAUCCAUAUGGCUUGUUAGGAUUGCUGGGAGUUAUAAGGAUGAAUGAUGCUGAUUUAGCAUCUCUUGCUUUAGGAAUAGAUUUGACAACAUUGGGUUUGAACUUGAACUCACCAGAUAAUCUAUACAAGACAUUUGGCUCACCCUGGUCGAAUGACCCAGCAGAAGGAGAUACUGAUUUUCGAAUUCCAGCUUGUUACUUCUCUGAGCAAACUCCACCGCUACAGCCCUUACUUUUUCAGAAGUUUCACAUACUAAUACUAUUUUACAUCUUCUAUAGCAUGCCAAGGGAUGAAGCUCAGCUGUAUGCUGCCAAUGAACUGUAUAAUCGGGGAUGGUUUUACCAUAAAGAAGUGCGCUUAUGGUUCACAAGAACUGCAAAUGUGGAACCUCUAGUCAAAACUCACUUCUAUGAACGUGGAUCUUACCUUUGCUUUGAUCCAGAGAUCUGGGAUUCAGUCCGUAAGGACAACUUUGUUCUCCACUAUGAGCUGGUAGAGAAAAGGCCAGCCCUGCCUUCAAUAGCACAAAACGUUAGAUGA